UGAACUUCAACUGUAGCAGACGUGAGGGGCAUCAAAGAAGAAACUCCAGAGUGCUGGUAGUUGGUGGGCGUGUGAUGGUGGGCGUCGGUGUGGGUGGUGGGCGUGCGUGAGGCUGCCCUCCACUAUGCACACAGUGCGGCCCAGUGCCCCGCAUCAAACCCGCAGUCAGCCACAAGUGUCUCGCACUGAAUCUUUGAGGUCGGAGCGCUCAGACAAGCGGGUGUCCUUCAAUAAGGACGUCGGAGUGAAGCAUAUUCCGCGGGGCGCACAAAAGACCACAGUUCGCAUCAGUCCAAACCGCGACGACGAGUGGGCCAAUUGUUCGCAAGUGCACCGCGAACCUGUCUCACUGUCAUCACGGGAGCUGGAGCAGCAAGCUGAGCAUCUGGUCAAGCUACUGGAUCACGUCAACUGUGACGUAAACACCCGCUCCCUUGAUCGUCCUUCCAAAAACAAGAACAGCAAUACGAAGAACCUGGCCCAUCACACCUACAAUAACGUUCUUUUUAACAACGUCAAAAACACCAACGUGAUAAACGGAGAGAAUCGUGGGCGGCCAAGGGACCUUCCUGCCUCCCGGACCACAAACCCUAUCAACAGGAGGAUCAAGGGUGACGUUAACAGAACCCGUGCUCAUCAUCCCCUUCCUAACGGUGGGCCUCUCUCCCAUCGGCACAAAUCCGCCGAUCAUUUACCUGACACAGAACUAGAAGAUUCCCCGCCCCUGCCUCGACGAGGUAACCAUCUAGCUGCCCAUAAGUCUGUUCCCGACCUGUAUGCCCCAUACUCCAAAAGAGAAGGUUCUGGUCAGCGUGAGAACAAUUUUCACCAUGCUGAGAAUCGCAGCAGCAACCUGAGUCGAGCAGCACCAGCGUCGGCCUACAAAUCUGUAGACAAUCUUGCAGACGGCAGCAGUCAGGGCAUAGGCAGCCGUCUUCAAGGAUUCAAGUCGGUGGGAAAUCUUCCAUCAGUGGCGAUUUCUGAAACGGACGACGAUUUCGACCAGUAUCCAUUAUAUAAACCCCGCGUGGGCAAGAUCAUCAAGAAAUUCAACAAAAACGCCGAGGAGGUGCCACAUCAGCCACUGACGGAGCUAAGUGAAAUGGAACCGGGUCAGCGGGGGACCCUUGAACCUGACCGCUACCGCAACCACAACAACAACCAACCCUUCAGCUACACUGGCACAGCACCUUUGGCCUCUGUACAAGCCGUCAGGAGACUUUCCCCACCCCGUGAUACAGGCCGCCCAACCCCACCUCGAGAUACAGGCCGCCCUACCCCUCCCCGUGAUACCCCACCUCGUGAAGCCCCUGUCUACGCGCAAGUCAAUAAGCGUGACGGUCGUCCACCCCACGCCAGUGGACGUCGAGAAAUGGACAGAAACUACCACAACUCUCGUCAGGAGAGAGAGUACUCCGCCAAGAUCAUCAUCACAGAAGAUGACACGGACCGCCAUCGUUCCCCUUACCACGACCCCUAUGAUGACCACUACCAUGACACACCACCUAAGAACCAAUAUCAGGACGACGACGAUGAUGACGACGACGCCUACGAGAGCUACCAGGUACCUGAGGACAACCUGAGGCGCUUGAUUCACGAUGAUCUAGAAGAAUACAAGGAACACUUCAACAAUAACAUUAAUAUGUCAUCUGUGGGAGUGCAGACAGAGUCACUGCCUAAAGCCCCAACUCGCUCACGCCAACGAAGUCACAAGAGCCCAGCGCCCUCUCCCACCCGAACCCCAGUUCAUAACAAACAGCCCAUGCAAAAGCAGGCAUUCAGGCAGCAGGAACAACCACUCCGACAUCAGGAGCAGAAGCAACAACCACCUACUUACCACCAGUCAAAACAGCAGAAUUACUUCCCUCAUCAGGAGCAGCAGCGAGGCCGAACAAGCAUCCAUAAUAACUUGACCUCAGCCACGCUUGUUCGACAAGUCAAUCAUGGUUUUGGCAGGACUGAUCGUUCUCCUUCACCGCCGCCACGAGUUUCCGCCACCCGCCAGCCACGUCGGAAUGUUGUUCCACUCCUUUCUGAUACCUCAGACUCUGAGGGAGAAUACCGGGGACGUACAGUGGACCCACUGGCUAGAAUCAGAGAUCAGGUGAUGCAGCGGGAGAAGCUGCAAGAGGAAGAGGAGGAAGAGGAAGAAGCUACUGCUGUGGCUCGGUUGAGGCGGCCACCUCUACAAGAGAGCUCCACCAUGCCAUAUCGGGCUGAAGAGAUGACGCCUUUGACCAUCGACGAGGUGGAUGCUCUUAGUCUCGUUAUGGAAGACACGGGUAGAAAAUCUCUUGUAGUCUCCAACCAAGCACAGUCGACCACCGUCACCCGUGUUUCCAACCACCGGUCUCGUCACACGGAGACCAUCACAGAGCGCCACCAUACUACUCGUGAGCCCAUCACAGAGCACCAGCACACCAGCCGUGAACCUGUUACAGAGCACCACCACACCACUCGUGAACCCAUCCAAGAGCGCCACCACUCUGAACCCCGCGAAAAAGACAGCCUCUCGCGGCCUCAAAAGCCACUAAGAGAUAAAAACCAUGCCUCCCGUGAGGCCACGCCCACGCGGAAGGGAAGGGACACACCCACACACAAGGACCAACCUACCCUGGAGAAGAAAAAAAAUAACCUGGAAAAGAAUAAGAAGAACAACCUGGAGAAGGAGCGAGUCACUAAGGCUGCAGCUAAGCAGAAGGAAGAGAAAAAGAAGAAGAAACGGAUCAAGAUCAAGUUCUUCUACGACCCUCGACCCCAGGACGACCCUGAUGUGGACCCCCUAGCUAACUUCACGGAAUUCCGGGGUACAUCUUCUGACGAGCGAGUCUCGCCUCGUAACGACCGCACCGAUCUGGACGAUACACGAGACGAUCCGGUAAAACGACGCAGUGAGGAGCGAGAGAUUAGCGGUGGAGACGAUUAUCAGCGUCGUCGCGAUCUGCCAGAUGUCUUGGAAGAUGCAACCCCCAUUAGAGAGCUUCGUGCAGGGUCCCGCGAGCGUCUGGAUACAACGCCGCGAGCAGGAAAGCGUGGCCAGCGAGACAACGCUCGAGAGAGAUCCUACGACUCUUACGACUAUAAGCGCCGAGGCUCCAAAGACUCCAGGGACUCCCGCGACAAUCGCAGUCGUUCCCGCGACGACCACGCCCCCUACGACGACGAGCGCGACGAGAGACGCAAUAACUACGAGCGCACGAGGGAGUACGACCACCACGACGAGGAGGACGAGGUGGAUGAACGGGGGUCACCGGAUGGCAGGCCAGGUCGUAGUCUCAGCGAUAAGUAUCGAACCGGUCCCUUAUACGACCCUCCUGACGACCCACACUUGGACGACCACCAGGAUGACCACCUCCCACAUCAGCCACAGCCACAGCCCCCAUCAGAGGAGGAAGAGAAGAAAGAAAAGAUAAAUAGACAGAGAAACAAAUUCCUGUCAGCUUUGAUGAGUGAUGGUCGGAACAAAUCCUCCACCACCAAGACAAAGACCUCCAACACUAAGUCUUCCUCCAACACUGCCUCCAACACCAACACCAGCAAGAGCAAGUCCAAAGACCCUUCUCCCUCGAGGAAGACUAAGAAAGGACCGGCGCCACCUCAGCCCUCUCCACCACCACUCCAGGACACACCUGAGAAGUCGAAAACUCAGGCUCCUCCCUCCAAGAAGAAGUCUCCCAAGAAGAAGCGGGCGUGGCCAUGGGCACUACUGGGGCUGCGGGGAGGAGGGCGGGAGGCAAGCAAAACUCCUCAGGGAGGUAGCGGGGGUAGCGCCCCUGCCCCCGUUUCUUCUCGGGCCUCCUCCCGGGCCUCCUCACGUAGUUCCCAUCGCCCUCGACGUCCCAGCGUGAGAGCCUCCAAGAUCCGACGUGAUGGCCAGUCUCCAUGGUUCACUAAGGAGCGGCAGCAGCAGAGGAGGGAAAAAGCGCCACCUCCUCCCUGGCAGACAUCUACGCUGAGCCGGGCAGAACUGCGGGAGAGGAGGGGCGGCACUGCCGGAGAUGCUACAGUGGAGGGUCGUGGCUACUCCACUGUCCAACGACCCACCAGGAAGUACUCUGCAGAGUCCUCUGCCUCUUCUGUUGGUCCGCCUCCACCGCCGCAAGCGGCCCGAACCACUAGUUUUAAGCACAGGUAUUUUGGUGACACCGACAUCGAGAGUAAUCAUGGUGGCAUGAAUGCCGUUGGUGACUACCGUAGCCUGCCUAACCGCUCAAGUAGGUCGGCCCACAAGAGUGCUGGAAGGGGCCGUAGGACUGCUAGUGGCCCUCGGGGCAUGUCACCGCCAGUAGUGGGCUCAGCUGGUAGCUCCCUGCAGAGUAGCGAGAGUGAAGUGGACAGUCAUGGAGGCUCUCAUGCCUCGCGUGCCUCAAAGGCUUCAAGGAUAUCGACAGGAUCCAAUAAAUCAGUUUAUCUCCAUGCCACAGCCAUCGCUGACAUCCCCGUGCGUCGCGGCCCUGAAGAUGCUCCCAGUGAGAGAAGUGUCAGCCGCCAGACAAAGAAAGUCUCGCGAUCCUUCUCCCUGCUUGCUCCCUGGAAGCCGCGACAUUACCGUGAGAAGUUUGAGGUUGAGUAUGAUAACAAGGAAGUGAGAGACGCUCGCAGCUCUGACCACAACGCCAGUAAGGGUGCCCUUCCCCCCCGUCCUCCAAGACGACCUGUUCACGAUCCCAACGACAAGACGGUCAACCGCUCACAGAGCGUCUACAAGGAUUCCCGCCUUGCCACCUGGCUUCGACGACGUAGAAACAAGGAAGCCAAAGGAAUCUGACGCCGACAGCAGCAGCAAGAGCUUUAAGAGCUGCAGUAACAGGACCAACUGAAGUAACAGCUGCUAGAGUAGCAAUUUUCCAAAUAAGUGAAAUGUAAACAAGAAUGAAACUUACAUAUUCUGUGGAGAAGUUGGCGGUAUAUAUGUGUACACAACACCCCCACAAGUCAUCUUCAUAUCUUAACUUCUUUAUGUCACACUCACUCACACUGUUUCACCCGUUUUCUUCCUGUGUAUCUCACCUCCAGUCAACUUUUCUUCACAAUAACACAGCUAAGCUUCACUAACACCGGUUGCUGCUGCCUGUAAAUAUGUUCGUAAACUGUCCUGUCAUGUAAUUGGUUAAAUUACAUAACAGGAUACAAUAAAUAGAUCGAGUACUGCCUUUGUGACGUGUACCAGUAUUUCUGAAGAAUCUGAAACCUUCCAGUGAAUAAAUAGAUGGAUUUAUUAGCUGUGGAAUUUUAACAAGAGUAAAAUGUAAGUGUUUUUACUGAUGCAAGUCUUGUUUCAUAUGAUGCCUCGCUCACUGGACUUUUUGGUCAUAUGACCGAUGCCUUCCACUGGCUUUCCAGUCCACCCCUAAAAUAUUUUUAGAUAAAAUUCUCUUUCAUCACGAUAUAUAAAAAGGCACACUACAACAUGGUGCCAUAGGAUUGUUUUUGUAGAUCAAUCAUCAUCAAGAAGACAAUUUGCAGAAGCUUCUAUUAGGACAACGAUCAGCUCCGUGUAUCAUUUUAUCUUGACUUUCCAACUCUCAACACAGCAAAACUUUUUUUUUUUUUUAAAGAAUAUUCUGUCUCCAUGCUUGGGGAAAAUUUCCCUUUUUUCGAAAUCCACUCAGUGUCAAGAAUCCUUCUCUGGUGACAUGAUGUGAAUCCUACAAAUUUCACUCCUUUUAAAAAGGUUGAAGGGAGUAAAAGAAAAGUGCAACACUGUUUCCCCAUACUUGAGGAAUGUUGUGGGGAGUUUGUUUGAAGGAGUGAAGACUUCCAAAGCUUCAAUGGGUGGUUUUUGGGUUUUAUGUAUGUUGUUGUCAGCUUGUUCUUCGAAAGGAUUUAACAUGGUGGUAAUUUUUUUAAUCAUUAUUCAUUUUUUUCCUCACUCCCUCUUGUUUUAUUGGGGUUUGCGUGGUUAAAUGUUUGCUUUAUGCGGAAAUUGAAAUUUUGCAUUGAACUUGGGAAAUUUUCCCAGGUCGGGGUUUUUUGGGUGGGAACAAUGUAAGAGUUUUUUUGCGGCAGUGUGUUGUCCACUCUUGAAGCCUUGUGGUGAUUAUAUUGUAAAGCGUCUCUGAAAGACCUUUGAGAGAGAGAGAGAGAGAGGGAGAGUGUGUGUGUGUGUGUGUAUGUAUUCUCACAUUCCUAUUUUUCCCGAGAGAGAGAGAGAGGAACUGGGGAAAUUUCAACGCUGUUUUACGGGGAUCGAUUCUCGGUUCCUGCC